ACUAUUUUUGUGGAAAUUAAUGAUGAAGGAGAGUGAGUGUUCCUCGUCGUGCAAAAUGGACAGAGCAGUUUUGUGGCCGAAGCUUGAGAACAUAGAGGAGGAGGAGGAAGGGGAAAUGGGUACUAUGCCUUGUAACACGACCACCUCCUCGGAGGCGCGUGGGUCAAACGCGCCGCCGCAUGAACCGGAGACUCCGACGGAGAUGAUGGAGUUUCUGGGGAGAUCGUGGAGUGUCUCCGCCGUGGAAAUUUCUAAAGCUCUCUUCAACAACAACGACAAUGGAGUUCAUCGUCUUCACAGCUCUCUUCUUGUUGCUACUUACAACGAAGAUGAAGAUGAUGAUGACGAAGAAGAAGAAGAUUCCAUUUCCAUGGCUUCUUCUCGUGACUCUCUGCUUCCACAUCUGCAACUGCAAGGCAAAAGUAGUCCAAUUUCUCCAAGAACCGGCAGAGAAAUGAAGCAUUUGUACAAGUCCGUGGUAAGAGGAAGAACAGUGGGACGAAGGUUGAAGGACCAAAAAGAGAAGAAGAAACAAGAAACUCGAACGCGAAACGCCCAGAUCCAUGCCGCGGUCUCUGUCGCAGCAGUAGCGGCCGCUGUGGCCGCAAACGCAAACGCCAAGGCCAUAGAAGUGGAAGCAAGUGUUAACGGCCAUGCCACAUCGGCGGCGAAUUCAACGGUCGCGUUUGCGUCGGCCUCCGCACUCGUGGCAUCUCACUGCAUCGAGAUGGCGGAAGACGUAGGGGCAGACUAUAACCAAAUAGUUAACGCCGUUAACUCAUCAAUAAACGCCAGGACUAACGGAGAUAUCAUGGCGUUAACUGCAACUGCUGCUACAGCGUUGCGAGGAGCUGAGAUCCUAAGAGCAAGACUGCAGAAAUUCUACGGGACGACAAUGUUUUGUCCAAAUAAUGGAACCAGGCAAGGCAAAGAGCUGUACACUUAUACAGCAUUGAACUUUGUAUCUAGAGGAGAAGAUCUUCUCAAACGUACCCGAAAAGGAGAUCUUCAUUGGAAGGAAGUAUCUUUCAACAUCAACUCGAAUUGGCAAGUUGUGAUCAAAAUGAAGAGCAAACAUGUUGGAGGGACCUUCACAAAGAAGAAGAAAUGUGUUGUCAAUGGAAUAUGUCGAGAUAUCCCCAAGUGGCCCGAGAGAGGACAAGAACAGAACGUUGAGCGAAAAGCCUAUUUCGGGAUAAAGACGGCUGAAAGAGUGAUCGAAUUUGAGUGUGGGAGCAAAAACGAGAAGCAAAUGUGGGUUCAGGGGAUCCAACAGUUGCUGAACUCUCUUGAAAAGUUUGCUUAAUGGUUUUUGUGAGUACAAUGGGUUCAUGAAAGAACCCGUGUGGUUGGAGUAACAAUAACACAUAUCACAUACUUGGUGGAAGGUGAUUUUAAAAAGAGUAAACUUGUUUCAUAAUAAUUAUUUUAUAAUAAGAUGACUAUUCAAUAAUGUU